AUGCUAUGUUCUUGCACAACUCCAGACUUUGAAGACCAACAGAGCUAUCGGUUUGGACAAAAUAAGCGCAAGACUGUUAAAAUGUGCGUCUUGUUCAAUCAGCAAGUCUGUACAAAAUUACUUAAUCUUUCCAUCAAGAGCAACCAUUUCCCAAAGAUUUGGAAAUGUGCUAAGGUCACAGCCCUAUUUAAAUCAGGUGAACGUUCCAAUCCUACAAACUAUUGUCCUAUCUCUGUCUUGCCUACUCUAAGUAUGAUCUUAGAGAAAACCGUUCACUCGCAAUUGUAUAGCCACCUAAUUACUAACAACUUGCUCACAAGCAAGCAGUUUGGAUUUCAACAAAGGUACUCAACCAUCAUUGCCCUGACCAACUUUGCGGAUGAAAGUCUGAGUAAUAUGGAAUGUGGAAGGCUUUGUGGAGCUGUAUUUCUAGAUUUGUCGAAGGCAUUCGAUACAGUGGACCACAGCAUCUUACUCCACAAACUUAAAGCGAUGGGUGUGUCAUCUAGCACCAUAGGUUGGUUUGAGUCCUACCUGAGCAACUGGAUGCAACAAACGUCUUGUGGAAAUGAAUUGUCAGACGCUCUUCCUGUCACUUUUGGAGUACCACAAGGGAGCAUUUUGGGCCCACUUCUCUUUCUCAUGUACAUAAAUGAUCUGCCCAGUAUUACCAAUAAAUGCAAUGUUUCCUUGUAUGCCGACGACACAGUCUUAUAUUGCUAUGCCUCAGAUGUCAAUGAUCUUAAAAAAAAUCUUAAUGAAGAUUUACUCAAGUUAGCGAUUUGGUUAAAUGAGAAUAAGCUGACACUGAAUUUAAAUAAAACUCAUCAAUGA